UAUAAAGAUCAUCGCUAUCACCACGAGAUCAUGGCUUGUUCGACAUCGCCUUUCCACCUUCCCAAGAUACAUCACCCAUUUACAAGCUCGUUGACACUUCUGGUUGUUUUUGUGUCCUAGUUCUCAUCAUGUCUGUUCUAUCUACACUGCGCCAGCGUAAAUUUGAAAUGCGUUCCUUCCUCGGUUCGUCUCUCGGUGAAACCGAGCUUCCACCUACACGGAGCUCGAAGAAUACCACAAUCGAAUCCUGCACCACCGCACCUCCUUUGCCAAUGUCUCCCUUAGACUCGAUCACUUCCACGACCAUGUCGAGUCUACCCUACUCAGUUCUAGGACAACUUGCCGCGGAUAAUGGUGGAUAUCAAGACCAUCCCUACGCACCUACGGAUGGACCAGAAACGAAACGGCCAUGGUACUGCUCAGAAUGCCAGGAUGGGCCUAUCGGCUAUUGGCUGAAUGUGUGCAUAAAGUGCAGCCACCAAAGAUGCUCUAGUUGCUCCGAAGAUCGAUCAUGAGGUUAACACCUACUUUAAGCUACUCUUCGAUGGUGUGAAGUCCUUAUUCCUCCUGCCGACGGCCGACACGAGCGUUUUCAAGUGGCUAAACAAUAUUGAUUUCACUUGGGGAUUUCAGUUACUGUAUUGUC